AAAUAACAAUUUAAACUUCAGUUAAUAUGUUCUAAUAAAAUGCAAAUUUUUUCUGUCAAUUACUGACGAGUUUAUCAAAAAUCAUGUUUAAUUUCGGGACUAUGUUGCUUUGAGAUCAAAGAUUGCGAUAAAAUCUUACAUUUUUCUUAACAAAUAAAUCUGCUAUUUUCCUGCAUAAAAAAGAAGAUCAAAUUUGCCGCCAUCGUAUCGAUAAAUGGCGGAAUUGUGUACUGUCAUCGGCUCUUCGUACGGUAAAGCAAGCGUUUCGAGCAGUUUAUUCCACAGUUAUCGCUCGAACAUUGCGAUGGACAAAAUACUUAGGGGGAUCAUGAAGUACAGGAAAUGUCAUCGAAAAGGAAUGGUCAAGCAAUUUCAACAAGUCAGAGAUCAUCCCGAGCCAAAGGCAGUGUUCUUUACCUGCAUGGAUUCCCGGAUGAUCCCAACUAGAUUUACGGAAACGAAUGUUGGGGACAUGUUUGUCGUCCGAAAUCCCGGCAAUGUUGUUCCACACUCGCAACAUUUUCUGGACGAAUUUACGAUGUGCGAAUCGGCAGCAUUGGAACUCGGCUGCGUGGUGAACGAUAUAAGACACGUUAUAGUUUGCGGUCACAGCGAUUGCAAAGCGAUGAAUCUACUCUAUGCUUUACGGGAUGAAGAAUUCGCAUCUCAAACAAACAGAAGAAUGUCACCAUUGAGAGCCUGGCUGUGCGCACACGCCAGCAGCAGUUUGGCGAAGUUUCAGCACCUGGAAGUCACAGGUUUUCACGAACCGAUUGUCUUUCAAGCUGAGACGCCCAUGCGGAAAUUCGUUGCUUAUAUCGAUCCCGAGGAUAAAUUUGCCAUUGAGGAUAAACUGUCACAAAUCAAUACGUUGCAACAGCUUCAAAAUAUCGCGUCGUACGGGUUUCUGAAGAAGCGCCUGGAGAGACACGAUUUGCACAUCCAUGCACUGUGGUUCGAUAUUUACACCGGCGAUAUUUAUUACUUCAGCCGUGCUAACAAAAGGUUUGUGGAGAUUAACGAGACGACCGAGCCGCUUUUACUUAAAGAAAUUAAGAAAUAUUACUCGUAAGAUUUCGUGAGAGAAACUGAGCACUUACAUUACAUAUGGCAUCGUCGAUUACUUCCAGAAACGUGCGUAUUAAUUAUGUUAAGAAAUAAUUAUAUAUUUUUAUACGCCUCAAAUUUAAAAUCAAGCUCCGUUUACAUUCUCUUGCUAUUGCGCCAAUGAUUAAGAACCAAAUUUUUGUACUAUGUACGUACGUAUGUGCCAUCACAUUAAUAUGUAAAACGAACAAUUUAAUUUAUUUUAUAAGGAUUGCAUCGAACUUUAUUCAAAAUAUGAAAUAUAUUUUUUAUUAAAAAUUUAUUGUAUAGUAUUACAUAUAUAUAUAAAUAUUUUAUAUAUGUUAUAUUGUUCCAUAUUACACAUAUGCAGAAUAUAUCUACGUAUAACAAACUAUUUACUAAUAAGAUAUAAGACUUGCCUGUACAUCGUAUAAAGCAGACUGUAUUAUCUUCCGAGCUUACAAUAUACUCGCUAUCUGCUGCAAUUAAAUUGUGAAAAGAUCCAAAGUCUCAUACUAAUGGCAAAAGCUGCCGAUAGACGGAUGGACGGCUCCGGACGAACUAGAGCAUGCCAGUUCCGAAAGAGAAAGCAAAACAACGAAAGAAGUCGUACGAAGCAGUGUUACGGAGCAUUGUAUCGUUAUUAGGAUCCGUCAUCGUGCCUCAAUUGAGCGCAUAAAAUAUAAACUCGUGCAACUCGUGGCGUAGCGCUGUGUCACAGUAUCGUUUGAUGUAAAUUUUCGUCAAAGAAAUGCCAAAAAUAAAUGCACUACAAAAUUCUAA